AACAUUCUGCACAAGAGUUUCUCCACGAAGAUAUUUUUUUUCUUGACAAAGAAUAAAAAAAAUAUGAAUUUUAUUUUGCAAUAAAAAAGGGGUUAGUUUUCAUUUUCCACAAUUAAAUAAAGAAAAACUCAAAUCUCCCUCCGACCCUUCUCCUUCAAUCCAAAAACCGUUACACUGAACACACCAGAAUGCUCACUUUCUCCAAACCCACCCGCCGCCACCCUGCCGCCCAUCAUGCACCCAAAGCCCCGACCCACUAAACCCCCAAACCCGACCCGAUGACUCAAAACCGGCCGUCUUGGUCCAUCGAUCCCGAGCUGGAUGGGAUCGACCUCGACCCCUCCGACUUCGCCGCCUCCGUCGCCCUCAAGAAAGUCCCCAACGGCGACGUUUUCGAGGCCUCACGUGCCGGCGAUGUUGACCGCCUCGCGUACCUGUUGGACUCCGGAGUCAACGUGAACGCACGUGACCAGUGGGACUCGGUGGCACUCUACUACGCGUGCCUCGCCGGACACCUCGAGGCCGCCCGGAUGCUGCUCGAGAACGGCGCCAUAUGCUCCGAGCACACCUUCGACGGCGACCGCUGCCACUACGCCGCACUUAAUUUGAAGGUGCGGAAGCUAUUGAAGGCGUUUGAGGCCAGGCCCCCGCCGCUGAACCCCUUACAGGCCGCCAUGAGGGAGACCUUCUUGGGAUGCGGGGCGAAUAGGGCUUAUUUGGAGCAGGCAGAUGAUGCCCACAUUGAAAUUUCAGGUUUUCAAUCCAACGAUGGGUCCAGUUUCAACUACUUCCCUCCAGAUGUGAUAUUUUAUGUUCAAGGUAGAGCCAUCGAAGCUCACAGAGUCAUCUUAAGUGCCCGUUCACCAUUUUUCAGAAGAAAGUUUGUGACUGAUUGGAAGCAUCGCAAAGAAGUAAGAUUUGCAAGGGAGAAAUUGUCGUAUCCUGCUUUAUACAGUCUCAUCCAUUUCUUUUACUCGGACAGACUAGAGAUUGCUGUAGAUGAUAUGGAGGAUGUUGUGAGGAUCUGCAAAGUAUGUAAAUGUGAAUCUUUACAAGGGAUUCUAGAGAAAGAACUGAUUCACCAAAAAUAUGCCGAUUACAAAUCAUUAAGUGAGAUAGACAGCUCUAAAAAACGGUUCAUCUUACAAGGCCUGUUUCUUCCUGAAGAAGAUCGGCUUCCUGCUUCCUUGCAUAAGAUCCUUCAGGUUUCUCUUGCUAAUUCCACCCGGCAACCCAACCUAAACGAUGGGGUUAAAGAAUUAAUAUCUUUUGCUGGUACCAUGCAAAUCAAUGAUUUUGAAAAUGAUCUUGCGGAUGUUUGUGUAAGAGUUGAUAAAAAGAAUUUCCGAUGCCAUCAAGUGGUUCUAGCAUCAAGAUCAGAAUAUUUUAAAGCAAGAUUAUCCCGUAUGAUGGACUUUCAUGAAGGGAAAGAUGAUACACCCAUUGAUACCCUUCCAUGUCUUGAGGAACAUGAUUUGAGCACAGAAGCAUUUGAGAAAAUGAUCGAGUAUAUGUACACGGACGAAUUGAAGGAUAUAGACCCUGAUCAGGCCGGGGAAUUAUUUGAUGCUGCUGCUAGAUAUUUACUGUUUCCUCUUAAACGUGUGGUAGCUGAUGUACUACUGCCGCACCUGGAAGAGGCCUCACCUGCAGAACUGUGCCAUUGGCUGCAAUUGUCAGACAUGUACGAUGUGCCGAAGAUAAGGGAAUUUUGUCUCGAUACCAUAGCUUGUAAUUUUGAGGCAUUUGCCGAAAUGAGUGAGUUCCGAGCAAUGCUGUUGACUCUGCCUCCACCAUCCGGGGAUUCAUCAUUGCGGACAACUGUUCCAAGCGCACCAGGAGCUGAAGUCAAUACGGACCAGUGCAACCUUCUCGAUGACUUGCGAGAAAAAUGGCUUGAAGCUGAAGCUGCUGAGCUUGACAAGAGAGACGAGAGUGCGUUAAUUUUCGACAAACGCCUUGAGAUGCUCAUGGUUGUCGCAGAACGAGAAAAAUCCGAUGGUUUUGCCAACGACGGUAUUCCUAAUGGUCCUAGAACAUCUUUAUACCCUUAUGCUACGGCCCCCAUGUCAAGUGAACAAGAACAUGAAUACGUAGACUAGCCAAUUUUGUUUCCUUUUCCAUUUGAUGGAUGGAACAUUUUUUUUUUUUCGAAAGGAAGAUUGGAAAGAAACAUUAUGAAUAAAACAUGUUUGUACAUUUGUUUCUUUUGUAUCUCUUGGUCGUCGGAGCAUGUAAUUCCAUACAUUUUUUUUUUAGUUUUACAAAUAUAAUUUGGGUGAUUUUUUUC